CAGCCAUGGGUUCUGUAAGAGGAGACCACUUCAAGGACAUCAGCCCCGUGAUAACGCCGGAGGGGAACGUGGUGAUGAGCUUCAGUUUCGACAGCUACCAACUGGAAGAAGAGGAGCUCCAGGCCAAAGGGUGCCAGGCCAAAGGAGUCCUCACCUUCAUGGAGCCAGGUACAGCCUGUGAAGACCCCGAACCCCAAGACCGCUACCAUGGUAUUUAUUUUGCAAUGCUGCUUGCGGGAGUUGGCUUCCUCUUGCCCUAUAACAGCUUUAUUACGGAUGUGGACUAUCUUCAUCAUAAAUACCCAGGAACUUCCAUUGUGUUUGACAUGAGCCUUACCUAUAUCCUGGUAGCUUUGGUGGCCGUCAUCCUCAACAACGCCCUGGUGGAGAUGCUGAGUCUCCACACCAGGAUCUCUGUAGGGUAUCUGUUUGCUUUGGGGCCUCUCCUCUUUGUUAGCCUCUGUGACGUCUGGCUGGAACUUUUCACCCGGCAGCACGCCUACGCUAUCAACCUCAUCGCGGUGGGCGUGGUGGCCUUCGGCUGCACAGUGCAGCAAUCCAGUUUCUACGGCUACACCGGGAUGUUGCCCAAACGCUACACCCAGGGAGUCAUGACGGGGGAAAGCACUGCCGGCGUGAUCAUCUCCCUCAGCCGCAUCUUCACCAAGCUCCUUCUCUCCAACGAGAAGGAAAACACCAUCAUCUUCUUCUUCAUCUCCAUCAGCCUGGAGCUCACUUGCUUCAUCCUUCACCUCCUGGUGAAACAGACCCAGUUUGUGAAGUAUUACACGGCGCGAUCCCGGGACGGGGGCCCCGCGUUCAAAGGAGCCGCGGUGGACCACGGCACCGGGUACAGGGUACACCACGACGUCACCACAGAAGAUGUCCGAUUUGAAAACCGGCCCUGUGGGCAAGAGGGGUCCCCUCCAGAAACCUUUGGGCAAGAAGAUGAACUGGCUGGCAGCGGCACUUAUAUGAGGUUCGACGUCCCACGCCCCAUUGUGAAAAGGAGCUGGCCCAGCUUCAGAGAUAUGAUGCUCCACCGGUACAUAGUUUCCAGGGUGAUUUGGGCCUACAUGUUGUCCAUAGCGAUGACUUACUUCAUCACACUGUGCCUCUUUCCUGGACUGGAGUCUGAGAUCCGGAACUGCACCCUGGGGGAGUGGCUCCCCAUUCUUAUCAUGGCCAUCUUCAACCUCUCGGACUUUGUGGGCAAGAUUCUGGCUGCUCUGCCUUAUGACUGGAGGGGAACCCACCUUCUCGUCUGUUCCUGUCUGCGUGUCGUCUUCAUCCCGCUGUUCAUCAUGUGCGUGUACCCCAAUGGGAAGCCCACCUUCGGCCACCCGGCCUGGCCGUGCGUUUUCUCCCUUCUCAUGGGGAUCACCAACGGCUAUUUUGGCAGCGUUCCCAUGAUCCUUGCGGCUGGCAAAGUGAGCCCGGAGCAGCGGGAACUGGCAGGUAACACCAUGACGGUCUCCUAUAUGACAGGGCUGACUCUGGGCUCCGCUGUGGCCUACUUCGCUUACAGCCUCACCAGCACGUCUCAUAGCUCCUGCUUCCACUCAGAAACCUACAACGGAUCGGUCUCAGCAGGGUACUGAACGGAGCUUCCUUUGGGUAGCUGCAGGAAAGCGAGG